UCGCCCCGAAGACGUAUUACGUUCACGCGAUUCCCCCCAAUUUUUAACCCUAGAACAGAACAAAACACGGCCUUUACCGGAACAAAAUCGCAUCCCAACCAAGCAACCCAGGCCUCGUCCCCGGAUCCUCGGUCGCCGCGACAGCUCGAGAGAGUCGACAAGGGGGGCGCGAGAAGCUUGCGUGAAGGAUUUCAGCCAUGGCGAGCGCGGAUCUGCUGCGGAGGGAGGAGGAGUUCUACGAGUCGCUGUUCGAUUCCGCCAAAGGCGAUGCCGCUAAGACGCGCGGGCAGAUGAUUGAGAGGAAGAUUGAGGCCCUCGAGGACAUGGCAACCAGGGUUAGUAACCGGAGAUCACGCAGAUGGUUGAACGAUCGCUUGCUAAUUGAGCUCGUCCCUCGUCUUCAUGUUGAAGAAAUCAAAGGCCUCUUUGCCCCUCCGCCAUGGGGCGACGAACAGCCCCUGUCAGCAUUUUGUAGGACAAGUGCUGGUGAGUGGGAUGCCUUCAGGAGCAUUGACAUGGAUGUUGAGGCAAGAUUUAUGCAGCGCAUGAAGCAAUCAUCCACGAAACACAAGAAUGGCGUGAAUGAAAAUGAGUUGAUUGUGCUGAAUGCUUGGCAUCGUAUAGAUUGCCAAACAAGAGAAGCUAUGAAGAGAAACUUCCUACCUGAACUGCUUGAAAUAUAUGAAGAACGAGUUAGGACCUUCAUUGAAGACCCGAGUGAUAAAGAUGUGCUUGUGCUGAAUGUCCAGGACCCAUUUCAGAGGUUGCUUCUGCAUGGUGUGUGCGAGUUCUACAAUGUAGCAUCUACAACUACCACCACCAUAAAAGAUGAGAAGCCGUGGAAGACAACAACGAUCAAGAAGCGCUCGGGCACAGGUGCUCCCUCCAUGAUCACAUUGGUUGCCUUCAUGAGGGCGAAGAAGGACCAGAAGCCCCUGCAAUUUGUUGGCAGUCUGUAGUCCUGUACCAUCGAGUACUUGCCAUUGUCAUGUUUCCUCAAGAUGGCACAAACUUGUUGCCUUAGGUUUUGCUUAGUAUGUACACAAAUGUAAAUUAUAUUUCCCUUUAAGAAGAUGUCAAGGCAAGUAAUUGGUCACUUGCAGUCUCCAGCCAAGCACCUGUUUCGCCAGGCGGUGUAAUGAUGCGGUGUAAUGAGCAAGUUUUCAAGUAUUAAAAAAAUUUACGUCGCUUGAUUGA